AUGACCCACCUGAGCGCCGACUACAUUGUCAUCGGCGGCGGCACUGCCGGUCUGGUGGUGGCCAACCGCCUGUCGGAAGACCCCGACGUCCAAGUGCUUGUGCUGGAGGCGGGACCGGACCGCAGCUCGGACGAGCGUGUUCAGGACCCGGCGGCGUGGCCCACCCUGAGCGGAUCCGAGAUGGACUGGCAAUUCAAGACCGUACCGCAGCCCGCCUUGAAUAACCGCGACCAAGACCACGCUGCGGGUCGGCUGCUGGGCGGUACCUCCGCCAUCAACGGGCUGGCGUUUGUGCCCCCCGCCCCGGCGGGCAUCGAUGCCUGGGAGGCGCUGGGGAACCCCGGCUGGUCCUGGCAGACUUUGGCCCCGUACUUUCACCGUAGCUUUCACAUCUGCCCCCAGUCUACUCCUGGCAAUGGUCCUGGUGCUGCGGCAUCAGCCGCAGCUGGGCCCAUUGAAGUCACCUAUCCCGCACUGGCUGAACCGAGGAAUCACACCAUCAUCGACGCCUGGAACAAGAGCUUUGCAGAUAAGGGCUACGCCUUCAGUGAUACUCUGAUCCCAACUCCCACCAUCGGCACCCGCCCCUACACAGCUACCAUCACCACCACAGGCGUUCGGAGCGACAGCACUCAGUAUGCAGCAUCGCGCCCCAACCUGCGCAUCCUCGCCGACACCACGGUCGAACGCAUCCUCUUCGACACGACAACCACCACCAUCACCGCCACGGGGGUCCUCCUCCAGAAUAAUCCCUCUCCCAUCACCGCCACCAAAGAGGUGAUCCUCGCCGCGGGUGCCUUCAACACGCCUAAACUCCUCGAACUCUCCGGCAUCGGCUCUGCAUCCCGGCUUUCCACGCAUGACAUUCCCUGCAUCAUUGACAACCCUUCCGUUGGCGAAAAUCUUCAGAACCACCUCAUGGCCCUCCUUCCCGUUCCCAUCCAAGCCUCUUCGGAUUCUGCCUCCCCAACCCCGGGCAUUCAAGCCAUCUCUUUCGUCCGCUCGGGUGCUGAGGCCGACCUUCUCGCCCGUCACCCUCCCCCCCAAACCCCCCUCACCACCCUCCUCGCCAACCCCUCCGAACCCACAGCCUGCUUCUUCCUCAGCACGCUGCCCAACUCUAUGGCCAUUCUCGGCUUGAUCCCCUCCUACCCCCUCUCCCGUGGUUCCGUCCAUCUCUCUUCCUCCCAGCCUACUGACAAGCCCAUUAUCGACCCAGACUAUCUGUCGCACCCCCUGGAUCUCCCACUCAUGGCAGAGCACUUCAAGACCCUUCACUCCCUCCCAACCAGCCUUCCAUUGAAGGAGAUCCUUGGCUCUGCGCCGGGCCCCAGCCCUGAGACGCAGGAUCAGGGUGUGGUGGAGGAGACGUUGAGGGCAUCGGUCGUGGCGGCGCAUCAUUUCUGCGGGACGGCCAUCAUGGCCCCACGGGAGAAGGGGGGUGUGGUUGAUAGCAAUCUGCGGGUUUAUGGGACCGGUAACUUGAGAAUCGUCGAUGCCAGUGUAUUCCCUAUCGUGACGGCAGCGAAUCCCAUGUCGACGGUGUAUGCUGUUGCGGAGCGAGCGGCGGAGCUUAUCCGGGGAAGGGCAGGACAUUCCGUGUGA